GAUCGGUUGUAAUUGGCCUAUCAUAUCGGAUUGAAGAGAUUCGAUGGGAUCAUCAUCGUGUUCGCCAAAAGGAACUGGUUAGAAUAGAACCCUGAUAAAAUCUCGUCCCUUUCUCUCUCUCUCGUUUCCUCUUGUUUUCUGAUUGUUCAUCCUGUGCUUGUUGUGCUCCGUUUUUUACAUCUCAAAUCGCGAGGAUUUGGUUUCGAGUGAAAAAAGUAUGCUACGAAGGACAAGUCUCGUGCUGUGAACGUCGCAAGUGUCCGGUGAUUCGAGCAAGAUAGAGGUGGUGACUUUCGUUCCAGAUGAACGUUUAACUUGGUGGAAAUGUGCGGACAAUGAAGGCUCUCCGGGGAUUUGCAUAGACGUGCGCGUGGAAACUCCGACAAUGUGCAAUUCCGUGUUAAAGUGUUCGUGAACGGGUUUCUCGUUAUUCGUACGAUCCUCUCGGCUACCUGUAUCGCAUUCUGCCCAGCAAAGGAAUACGCAAGAACGAUGUCAUAGUCAGGUGCGAGUCGAGUUCACUUGGGGCACAAUGGCACUGUUGUUCGCCAUUAUUGUCAUCCUGGUCACCACUGCCAUGUCGCUGCCGCCGGUCAUCAGAAUCGGUGCAAUCUUCACGGAGGAUCAAAAAGACAGUCCUUCGGAGUUGGCAUUCAAGUAUGCCAUUUAUAAGAUCAACAAGGAUAAAACUCUGUUGGCGAACACCACGCUGGUCUACGAUAUUCAAUACGUCCCUAAGGACGAUUCUUUCCGAACAUCGAAGAAAGCGUGCAAGCAGCUGUCGAGAUCGGUACAAGGGAUCUUCGGCCCAUCCGACCCUCUUCUAGGCGCCCAUAUCCAGAGCAUUUGUGAAGCUCUGGACGUCCCGCAUCUCGAGGCCAGAGUCGACUUCGAGCCAACGUUCAAAGAGUUCAGUAUAAAUCUCUAUCCAUCUCAGGACCAUCUGAACAAAGCCUUCAAAGAUCUCAUGUCAUUUUUAAACUGGACCAGAGUGGCCAUAAUCUACGAGGAGGAUUACGGUUUAUUCAAGCUGCAAGAUCUCGUGAAAUCACCGCCUUCGGCGAGAACCGAGAUGUAUAUUCGCCAGGCAGGACCUGGUUCUUACAGGCAAGUUCUUCGAGAAGUCAGGCACAAGGAGAUCUACAAGUUGAUCGUCGACACCGAUCCUGCGCACAUGCAACAAUUUUUUCGUGCGAUCCUCCAGCUGCAAAUGAACGAUUACAGAUAUCACUACAUGUUCACCACGUUCGACAUAGAGACAUUCGAUCUGGAGGAUUUCAAAUACAACAGUGUGAACAUGACUGCGUUCCGUCUUGUGGACCUCGAGGAACCAAAGGUGGCCGAAGUUCUGAGACAGAUGGAACGUUUCCAGCCGAUUGGCCACGCUAUCCUCAACAAAACCGGAGUUAUCCAGGCAGAACCAGCUUUGGUGUACGACAGUGUGCAGGUUUUCGCACACGGUUUGGCGGCAUUGGAUCGAAGCCACGACCUGAGGCCCGCCAAUUUAUCAUGUGAAAAAGAGGAGCCUUGGGACGAUGGUUUGUCCCUUUACAACUACAUUAACGCC